UUAGGCUCGACGCCUCAGGGCGGAGCGGUUUUCGUCUGCGGUGUUGUCCGGUGUGGCCACUUUUCGCCUGCCCGGCCGAAGGUGUUGCUCCAUCUCCACUGGUGGGGUCGUUAGACCUAGCCGGGCGCAGCUGUGCUGAGGGUGGUGCGGCGCUGAAGGUGGCCGGAGCCGGGAGGCGAAGGAGGCCGAGUCUGAAGGAGUGCCGCCGCCGCCGCCGCCGCCUCCUCCCCAAAAGAGAUGGUGGCUGACAGCCUGCGUUGGAGAGCCAGGCAGAUCACCUGAGAUGUUGGUGUGAACAACUGAUCUUUGGAAGAUGAAUAAAUUAAGAUCGACAUCAGAAAAAAGUAUAACUAACAAUUCCCGGAUUGCAAGUUUAUUGACACAACUUGAGAAGAUCAAUGCAGAAUGUUUGGUGGAAACCGACACCGCCAGAUAUGUUACAUCAAAGAUACUCCAUCUAACUCAAAGUCAAGAAAAAAUAAAGAAGGAGAUGACUGCAAAAGGUUCAACAGGCAUUGAAGUUAUUCUCUCAACUUUAGAGAAUACAAGAGAUCUUCAGACUACUCUAAAUAUCUUAAACAUCCUGAUUGAGUUGGUAGCAGUCGGUGGUAGCCGGAGAACAAGUAUUCUCGUUUCCAAAGGAGGAACACAGAUCUUACUGCAAUUGCUUGUGAAUGUCAGUAAAGAUUCCCCACCAAAUGAAGACUUAAUGGUGCUACUUCAUUCUCUCCUUGCAAAAAUUGGUCCAAAAGAUAAAAAAAUUGGAGUAAAAGCCAGAAUUAGCGGUGCUUUAAAUAUAACACUAAAUAUAGUGAAGCAGAACUUGCAGAAUCAAAGAUUAAUACUGCCUUGUCUUCAAGUGUUACGAGUAUAUUCAACCAACUCUGUAAAUGCUGUGUCCUUGGGUAAGAAUGGAAUUGUGGAGCUGAUGUUUAAGAUCAUCGGUCCUUUCAGCAAAAAGAACACUGGCCUUAUGAAGGUUGCUUUAGACACUUUUGCUGCAUUGCUAAGAUCGAAAACAAAUGCUAGGAGAGCAGUAGACAGAGGCUAUGUCCACGUGCUUUUAACAAUCUAUGUAGACUGGCACCGUCAUGAUAGCCGCCAUAGACAUAUGUUGAUCCGCAAAGGAAUCUUGCAGUGUAUUAAAAAUGUUACGAACACCAAGCUGGGAAGAAAAGCAUUUCUUGAUGUCAGUGGGAUGAAAAUUCUGUACAACACAUCACAAGAAUGCCUUGCAGUAAGAACUCUUGAUCCAUUAGUCAACACUUCCAGUCUGAUAAUGAGAAAAUGUUAUCCUAAAAAUCGUCUUCCGCUGCCAACCAUUAAAAGUGCUUUCCAUUUCCAAUUACCUGUCAUCCCUGGUAAUGGACCUGUGGCUCAGCUGUAUAGUUUGCCUCCUGAAGUGGAUGACGUAGUAGAUGAAAGUGAUGACAAUGAUGACACCGAAACAGAUACUGAGAUUGAAAAUGGUAAUGAAGAUGACAUAGAGCAGCAUUUUAAGAAUGAUGAUAUAGAGACUGAUAUCAACAAGUUGAAACCAAAGCAGGAGUUGGGACGACCUAUAGAAGAUCUAAAGAUGUAUGAAAAUUUUUUCCCAGAACUUGUGGAGGAUUUUCAGGAAUACGAUUUAGUUUCCAAAGAACCAAAGCCUUUUUCAACUGAUGUAUCACUAGGAGGACCUAUUAUUGUUCCUACCGCUGGUGAUGAACAGUCUCCCACAAAUCAUAUCAUAGAAAUUCCUGUGAAGGGGAAUCAGCCUUUGCAAAUGGAGGACUACAAUAAAAGACCCAUCUCUUUGGGUCUGGUAAAGAAAAAUAGCAACACAGACAAUAGUUUACAGCAUCAAGGUGAUCAUUUGAAAUUACAUUCAUCGUGCCAGUGCCUAAACCAUGAAAUAGUCAAAGGCUUGGACAGAAUUACUUUGCAGAACACUCCCAAAAAUGAACAGUCUUACAGUUCAAGAGCAACAACCCAAAAAGAGUGUAAAACUAGCUGUAGUGAAGUUACCUGUAGUAAACCCUUACAACAUGUUUCAUCCUGUGGAAGUGUUUUGUUUGAGGGACGGUCUGUUCAGCUGGGAAAGCUGUGCUGUUCUGGUGCUGAUCCUGAAGAGGAGGAAGUACCUUGCUCAGUUUCUUUGGGAGAGCAAGUGAUGCUUGAUGUGCCUGAUCUAUUACAACUCCAUGACCCAGAACUUUAUAUUGAGAUAGUGAAAAAUACAAAGUCUGUUCCUGAAUAUUCAGAAGUGGCUUAUCCUGACUAUUUUGGACACUUGCCACCGCCAUUUAAAGAGCCCAUUCUUGAAAGGCCGUAUGGUGUUCAACGGACAAAAAUUGCCCAGGAUAUUGAAAGGCUAAUUCAUCCUAAUGAUAUUAUAGACAGAGUUGUGUAUGACCUUGACAGUCCCAGCUACAUGGUGCCAGAUGAAGGAGACAUUUUGAAGUUUAAUUCUAAAUUUGAAUCAGGGAACUUGCGCAAAGUCAUUCAGAUCAGAAAAAAUGAGUAUGAUCUUAUCCUGAAUGCUGAUAUAAACAGCAACCAUUAUCACCAGUGGUUUUACUUCGAAGUCAGUGGAAUGAGGACAGGCAUUGCUUACCGAUUUAAUAUAAUCAACUGUGAAAAGUCAAACAGUCAGUUCAAUUAUGGUAUGCAGCCCCUCAUGUACUCUGUUCAAGAUGCAUUAAAUGGCCAACCCUGGUGGAUUCGAGUAGGAACAGAUAUUUGUUACUACAAGAAUCAUUUUUCUAGAAGCUCAGCUGCUGCUGGAGGUCAGAAGGGAAAAUCCUACUAUACAACUACCUUCACUGUUAGCUUCCCACACAAGGAAGAUGUUUGCUACUUCGCUUACCAUUAUCCAUAUACUUAUUCAACUUUAAUGAUGCACCUUCAAAAAUUGGAAUCUACAUACAAUCCUCAGCAGAUAUAUUUCCGACACGAUGUUUUGUGUGAGACCCUUUCUGGAAACAACUGUCCUUUACUCACUAUAACAGCCAUGCCAGAAUCAAAUUACUAUGAACAUAUCUGUCAGUUCAGAAACCGUCCUUUUAUAUUCUUAUCUGCUCGUGUACAUCCUGGAGAAACUAAUGCAAGCUGGGUUAUGAAGGGAACACUGGAAUAUCUCAUGGGUAAUAAUCCCACUGCCCAGGCAUUACGAGAAUCUUAUAUUUUUAAAAUUGUUCCAAUGCUUAACCCAGAUGGGGUCAUCAAUGGAAACCAUCGCUGUUCUUUAAGUGGGGAGGACUUGAAUAGACAAUGGCAAAACCCAAACCCAGAUCUGCAUCCUGCAAUUUAUCAUGCCAAGGGUCUCCUCCAGUACCUGUCUGCUAUAAAGCGUUUGCCACUGGUUUACUGUGAUUAUCAUGGUCAUUCUCGCAAGAAGAAUGUGUUCAUGUAUGGCUGCAGUAUCAAGGAAACAAUGUGGCACACAAAUGUUAGUGCAGCUUCUUGUGAUCUGAUUGAAGACUUAAGUUACAGGACACUCCCUAAGAUUCUGAGCCAGACAGCUCCAGCAUUCUGCAUGAGCAGCUGCAGUUUUGUGGUGGAAAAGUCUAAAGAAUCUACAGCACGUGUUGUAGUCUGGAGAGAGAUAGGUGUUCAGAGAAGUUAUACCAUGGAAAGCACAUUGUGUGGAUGUGAUCAAGGGAAAUACAAGGGUUUGCAGAUUGGGACACGUGAGCUUGAAGAGAUGGGAGCUAAAUUCUGUUCUGCUUUACUGCGUUUGAAAAGAUUGACAUCGCCACUGGAAUACAACCUACCACCUAGCCUCUUUGACAUUGAAAAUGAUUUGAUUGAGUCCAGUUGUAAAGUAACAAGCCCCACUACAUAUGUAAUGGAAGAAGAUGAGCCUCGCUUCCUUGAAGAAGUGGAUUAUAGUGCUGAAAGCAAUGAUGAGCCAGAUGUUGAAUUGACAAAUAAUGCUGGUGACUAUGAGCCCAGUCUUCAAGAAGAUGGACUUUCUGACUCUGAAAUUACAAGGACACAUUUGCCUUAAGACAUCCUUGAAACACAAAGAAGAAAUGAAGUAUGGUGGCUUUUGGAAGAUGGAUGGGAUGGAUUCUAUAACUUUGCAGUUUUGCUCAAGCAAAUUGACUUCAGUCAGUCUGGUUGAAAAACAAUAAAUGUUCUGGCUUUUAAAUUAAUUGACAGCUGAUUUAUUUUAAGAGUCUGGUUUUCAUCUUUUGCACUGAUAUGGCUUUACCUCUUGACUGCCUGGUAAAUAUUGUUGCAUGGCUUUUUGUCUUCU